ACUACCCAAUGUUCGUAGGGUGAAAUGUCAUACUUGUCCGUUUGGAAGUUCGACCAAUAAAAACUCACUUCUCCGCCUCUCCGUUCUCCCGUUCCCGCCGUCGGUCCUUUGCCGCGCUUUAAACUUCCGGUGCUUUUCCACCGCCGUCCAACUCCAUUAAAGUAUCUUGGUUAAAUGGAGCUUCCAUGAAAAAAUAUCUCCACUAUGGAGAUUGAUCUUGAGCUGCCUUCUGUCCAGGAGGACAAAUUAGAUACUGUGUCAGAUGCAAAUAUUGGUCAUGCUACAGAUGUACUUCUUGUUGGAGAAGAGGAGGUAAAUUCUCCAACAACUAGAAAUGGUGCCAAGGGACUGGGACUAAACGCAGGUAAAAACAUCAGUAGAAGUGGGGAGGGAGUGGAUGAGGAUGCUCUUGGAGUGGACACUUCUGGCAAGGAGAGCAAGAGUUAUGAGCCCCAAAGGGGUUUGGAGUUUGAAUCAAAAGAGGAAGCAUAUUCCUUUUACAGGGAAUAUGCUAGGUCUGUGGGAUUUGGCAUUACAAUAAAAGCAAGUCGCCGGUCCAAAAAGUCAGGCAAAUUCAUUGAUGUAAAAAUAGCUUGUUCUAGGUUUGGCAGUAAACCGGAUUCAUGUACAGCUGUUAACUCACGAUCAUGUCCUAAGACAGACUGUAAGGCAAGUAUGCAUAUGAAAAGAAGGCAGGAUGGAAAAUGGUUUAUAUUUGGUUUUGUAAAGGAGCAUAACCAUGAAAUUUGUCCCUCUGACUUCUAUUAUGCUCUCAGUGGAAGGGGCAAGCAGCCUGGUAUUGUUGCUUGUCAAAAGAAAGGACUGCAGUUGGCUUUAGAUGAGGUAGAUGUACAAGUUAUGUUUGAAUUUUUUAUGCUUAUGCAAGAUGAGAAUCCUAAUUUUUUCUAUGCAAUAGAUUUGGACCAUGAAAAACGUAUGAGAAACGUGUUUUGGGUUGAUGCCAAAAGCAGACAUGAUUACAGCAAAUUUUGUGACGUAGUCUUCUUUGAUAGCUAUUAUAUUAGGAGUAAAUAUAGAGUCCCCUUUCUGCCUGUCAUUGGGGUGAAUCAUCACUUUCAGUUAAUGUUGCUUGGAUGUGCAUUGGUUGGGGAGGAAACAAUGUCAACUUUUGUGUGGUUGAUGCGGACGUGGCUUAGAGCUGUGGGUGGUCAGACUCCUAAAGUUCUUGUUACUGACGAAGGCAAGUCACUGGAAGAAGCUAUCACAGAGGUGUUUCCCAAUACACGGCAUUGUUUUUGUUUAUGGAAUGUGCUGAGAAAAGUUCCUGAAAAUCUAGGCCACGUAGUGAACAGGCCAGAAGUUUUCUGUAGGAAAUUUAACAAAUGCAUUUAUCGAUCUUGGACACAAGAAGAGUUUGAAAAGAAAUGGUGGAAAAUGAUGGAUAAAUUUGAGCUCAGGGAAGAUGAAUGGCUUCAAUCACUUUAUGCAAAACGUACAAAGUGGGUUCCUGCUUAUAUGAGUGGUACAUUUUUGGCUGGAUUGUGUACAGGUGAACGUUCUGAAUGCUCAUCAUCCUUGUUUGACAAGUACUUGCAGAGGGAGACUUCAUGUAAGGACUUUAUGGAUCGAUACAAACUAUUUUUGCAUGACAGGUCUGAAGAAGAAGCCAAAGCUGAUUGCGAAACACAUCACAAAUCACCCACAUUAAGAUCUCUCUGUCCUUUUGAGAAGCAGAUGUCUACUGUUUAUACACGUUCCAUAUUCAAGAAAUUUCAGGUUGAGGUUUUGGGAACAGAUGCUUGUAGGGUGCAAAAAACAUAUGAAAAUGAGGCAGUUGUAACAUAUCAAGUCGAUGAUUUUGAAGAGCAGCAGAGUUUCAUUGUGGCAUGGAAUGAAGCAAACUUACACGUAUCUUGUUUGUGUCGUUCAUUUGAGUACAGAGGUUUUCUUUGUAGACAUGCUUUAAUCGUUCUACAAAUGUCUGGUGUUUCUAACAUACCUUCUCGCUGUAUACUACGACGAUGGACAAACGAUGCAAAUAUCAGGCCAUCCAGUAGUGAAACAUCAAGUAGGUUUAGUUAUAGGGUCCAACGUUUUAAUGAUCUUUGUAAACGAGCAAUUAAAUUGGGUGAAGAGGGGUCUUUGUCUCAGGAAAGGUACAAUAUUGUCAUUGAUGCUCUACAAGAAGCCAUGGAACAUUGCGUGGGUGUGAACGCUUCUGUUAGGAGUGUUUUAGAGCCUAACAUGUCGGCUUCUCAAGGUUUCAUCAGCACUGGGGAAGAGAAUCAAAGCGAUAGUUUGGCCAAAGCAUCUAAGAAGAAGAAAAUACAUAAGAAGCGAAAGGUACAAAGUGAGACUGAAGUAAUAGCUAGUCUGGUGCAAGACUGCAACUUGCAGAUGGGGAUGCUGGACUCCGGAGCACACAUUGUUGACAACACUUGUGUUCCUCAACAGCAUGCGCCAGGGAUGGGACAAAUACACUCUUCAUCUUUGAUUCACAAUGGCUAUUAUAGCAACCAACAGGGAACGCAGGGGAUGGGACAAUCAAAUUCUAUUGCAACGCGUAUUGGUCACUAUGGCCCUCAACAAAGCCUGCAAGGACAGUUGCAAGGACCACUUGGUUUUAGAGCACCCACUAUCCACGGGUAUUUCAACAUUCAAGACAGCUUGCAUGAUGUGGAGCAGUCUGUGGGUUCCAGACAGUUCCACGAUGUUAGGUCCAAACGUUUGUAUGAUAAACAUCUCCCGCGGUAGCUGCAUCGAUGGGUUGUCUGCUUUUCUUUUUAUGUCAAAGUGAGGAAAGAUGGGAGUAGCAUCCAACAACCUGUUUAAGUUACUGUAAUAACCUUAUUAUGGCUUAGUAGAGUUAUAUCUAUCCAUGAAGUAACCCUCUUAAGUCUCUC